GCAGAGGCUGUCUCAGUAGUUCAAGUUCAGGCACCUCAGCUCGCCAACGGUACUGCCGGCCUCAACGCAACAAGUGAUGGUCUUCUUGAGGAGAACCAUACGGGCACCCAGUUCUUCCGUUCGCUGGGCCAUGCUCGCCAUGCCAUCGUCAGCACAACGGUCGGCCUGUUUCAAUUCAAUGGCUUUUCUGACAGAGCCAUGAUAGGCAUCAAGAUCAUGGUGGUUGUGUUUCUGGGGCAGAUGCUCCUGUUGUUCCUUUUAGACGCAGUUGCAGCAGCCUGGUUGGGAGUGGACUCCCCUACCAAGAAGGUGAAGGAAUCAAAGCAAGAUGCCGGACUCUCACUUCUGCGUCUCUUCGAUGGGCUGCCUGGCAAGUGCGCAGACUACUGGAGCAGCUUGGACCUGCGCGGGUACCUGUACGUGUUUGGCGGCGGGCUGCUCCUCCUGAGUGUUGUCAGCUUCGAAUACCUCUACAAUGAGUGGGAAAACUUAUUCUGGGACACAGUCACGAACCGGAACGUCGACAUGCUCAGGACGUGCAUAGUUUCUUUCGCUAUGCUGGCAUUCGGCUGGUCCUUGAUUACGAGUAAUGCGACGUGGAUCCGGUCCUCAAUUGAGCUACACUGGCGCAGUGUCCUUACGGAGAAGCUGACAAAGAAAUGGCUGGAGAAGAAUGCUCACUUUUCCUUGCAGCUGGAGGGAAGCACAGAAAUUGACAACCCAGACCAGCGAAUACAAGAAGAUGUUGAGCACUUUACAGCACAGACCGUGGAGCUGCUUUGGGACGCGCUGGAUCAUGUGAACUAUUUCCUCGUCUUUGGUUUGGUGAUCUUUGCCCUGACUCCUUCAUCAGCGCCAGUGACAAUGGGGGCACAUAUCCCAGGCUGGUUCCUGAUGUUCCUGCUCGCGUGGUCAGUAUUCGGGCUGGCUUGUGCCCACUACCUUGGAAAGCAGAUGCUUCCACUGAGCAUCCAGAGUGAAUCUUGCGAAGCGACAGUCCGAAAAGAUUUGGCACAUUGCAACGAACACGCAGAGAGCAUUGCAGUAUAUGGCUCCGCUGCAUUGGAGCACAGGAGGAUCAUGUCUUCCUUCGGGCGCCUCAAACACAUCCUGCAUAAGAGCAUGCAGCUGCAACGGCGGAUUGACACCUUCAAGGCCUUGCUGGACUACGUGCAGUGGAUGCUUCCCACCUUCAUCUUGCUACCCUGCCUUUUUCAGAAGCAGAUUGAUUUUGGUGAUUUCAUGCAAAUCAGUGGCGCCUCCACACAUCUGGUCAGCUGCAUGGGCUGGUUCGUGAAUUCCUACAGUGAUGUUUGCGAAUGGCGAGCCUCCCUGAAUCGAAUCCUGGAGCUGGAGGAUGGGAUCCAUGCUGUCGCGGAGAAAACCGUGAGUCAACCAACUUUUGUGCCUGUCAACGCUGGGGUUAAGACCGCGAUGGACUGUGAAUCGCAUAUUCGCCUUGCUGUGGACAUUGAUGAAGUUCAUUUGCCAGACGGCACACCUUUGUGGCAAGACGUGAGGCUCAAAGUACCCGCUGGAAAGAACGCGCUGAUAUUUGGGGAGGAGGGUUGUGGCAAAAGCGUCCUCUUCAAAGCACUGGCAGGGGUGUGGCCCCAUGUUAAGCUGAGCUGCCUCGAACAGCCUGGACCAAAUGAGGUCCUCUUCAUACCUCAGCAUCCGAUUCUGCCCAGACGCUGCACGCUGCGUGCGGCAGUUUGCUAUCCGCAACUUGAAGCCGUAUACAAGGAUGAGGCAAUCCUAAAGGUGCUUGAGCAAGUUGGACUCAACAAGCUCCUUCAUGUCAAGGGUCCGAUGCAUAAUGAAGAUGAGGAGGAGGAAGACGAAGGCGAGGAGGAGGAAGAUGAGGAAGAUGAGGAAGACGAAGAGGAGGAAGACAAAGAAGAAGAGGAGGAGGAGGAGAAGGAAGCGCCGGAGGACAGCAAGGCUGCAGGUGAAGACGAAGAGGACAAUGAAGAUGAGCCGCCGCAGGGUGAGGGCUUGGAUCGCGAAGAUAAUUGGAUGCUUCGAACAUCCCCAGGAAUGCGGCAGAGACUGGCGCUUGCGCAUGUCCUGCUUCAGAAACCAAAGCUUCUCUUCUUGGACGAAGCCACCAGCAACAUGAGCAAGAGCGGCACGAUCAAGAUGUACAACACAUUGCGCCAAUCGCUUCCCAGCGAUGCGGCCAUCCUCAGCAUUUCUCACGAUGUCUCAACGCUGGCUGAUUUUCAUGAGAUCCACUACUGUGCCCAGGGAGAGGGAGACUCAAAGAUGCUUGUGCUGUCAAAGCAUGUGGAGCACACAGAUCCUCUCCAGAUGGGUGACUUUGCGUUGACGUACCAGGAUGGGACUUGGACAGAGGUGCUCCUAUGCGCGCAGCUGGAAGGGCCGCGGUGGGUUUGCUGCGCAGCAAACACCUCGUGCGUAUCACCUUCAACUUCAACAGCCCUCACUUGA